AUGGCCAAGUAUUUGGAAUUAUCCAUGGGAUUUGAAGAAGUUGCUUACCGUGGAUUAGAAACCAACUCAAGAAGACUUGCAUCACAUGUUGUUCGAAAUGGCAAUAUUUUGUUUGAAAUUAUCAACACACUUGAAUCUGUUGCAGAACACUACCCAACAGUCCCAAUGUCCAAAGAGGAGGCUUUGAGUAUAAAGUUAGAUUAUUCUGCUGAUGAAGCACACAUUUUGAAAUCAUUGAAGGAAAAGAUCAUCAAACUUACGGCUGAAAUUGUUGAUGAAAAUCUUGAUAGAUACAAAUACGCAAUGGAUAUUAAAGCUGCGAAAGAGAAUUUGGAACGAUCAAUUAUUAACUCAACAAACUUCACGGCUGCAAUUUCCACCAUUAGAAAAUCAAUUAAUGAAUGUGUCGAAACCUCCAAAAAAGCUAUUCAGGACAAUUUCGAAUCAUUCUUGAUUCAGGAAUUUGUUAAGAUUCAUGGCGAGGGAGUAAUGGAUAUUUCUUUUAAUGUCCUUGACGUUGAUUCUGCGUUCCAAAAGGCUAUAGAGUCAGGCGCUUACAUCAUAAAGUUGCCCCAAACAAUGUCUGAUGUUCAUGGUUCGGUAAAAUUAGCUACAAUUGCAGUUCCUUAUACUGAUAUACAUCAUACAUUGAUUCAAAAUAAAGACUAUUCGGGUCCAUUCCUCCCCAACUAUACGAAAUCAAUUAUUGAAAAGCCAGAAACCUAUAUGCACCAAUUAGAGUCUUUACCUCCAAUAAGAUUGGAUUGUAUAGAUCACUGUGUUGAAAACUAUAGUUGGAAUCAAAUGAUGGAACACGCCAGGUUCUAUGCCAAUAUUUUCGGAUUCCAUAAAUAUUGGUCUGUAGAUGAAAAGGAUGUUUUCACUGGCGAGACCGCUUUAAAAUCAAUCGUUAUGGCUUCAAGUAAUGGAAAAGUCAAAAUGCCUAUUAAUGAACCUGCGAAAGGCCGCAAAAAGAGUCAAAUUGAAGAAUUUUAUGACUUUAAUGGUGGCCCAGGUGUGCAACAUAUAGCCCUCAAGACAAAUGAUAUAAUUGCAACAGUUACUUCCUUGAGGAAAAGAGGCAUUGAAUUUAAUCCUGCUUCCCAGAAGUAUUAUGAUACUUUGAAGCAAAGAUUGAUAAACGAUGAUAUCAUCCUUAAGGAGGAUUUUAAUAGCAUUCAAAAUUUGAAUAUUCUUGUUGAUUAUGAUCCCGAAACCCGUAAUAAUGCAUCCAAAACUUGCAAUUAUAUCUUACAGAUCUUCACUAAACCGUUACAUGAUCGCCCUACGUUAUUCAUUGAAAUAAUUCAAAGACGUCAUCACAAUGGCUUUGGUAAGGGUACUUUCAAGGGUCUUUUCGAAACUAUCGAAGCUCAACAAAAGCUUCGUGGAACAUUAGUUUCAUCGGACAAAGCCGAAUAA